AUGGCUGUAGAUAAACGGAAUCAGACAAGAAUAUCUGUGGAAGAGGCAAACAUCGCCAUUUCCCAACUUCACAACGAUAAACCAGUUCUGAAGGUGAAAGAACCCCCUCAAAAUGAUCAUGCUGGUUUACUUCAGCGAGAAUUGGACAAACUUGCAAUUGAACGGAAGCAAUGGGAAGAUGAAAAUAAUGUUAAUAAUGUGACCAGUCAUGAUAUGGUUGGUCAUAAUGCCUCCAUUAACAAUGUGUCUAGUCAGAAUGUGACUGGCAAUAAGGCUACCAGUAAUAAUGUGACCAGUCAUAAUGACAGGUUAUCUCCUCCAAUUACUACACCACCCCCUAAACAGGAAUCAGCUGGCUCUAGCCAUGACUUACAUCCAUUUCAUCUCUCUUUGUCUCACCCUCCUCCAUUCCGUUCUCCUUUCGGCCACGCUCCAUUCCAUCCACAUGAGUCGUCACCUCAUAGAAGAGCAUCAUACAGCUACGAAUCAUCUUGUACCGCUUCAGAUUCAGAGAUCCCCUUAUCCAUGAGAUUCAUGCAUAAACCUUCCAGAGCAAAGGAAAUGUUGGAAAAGCAAGAUGAUCCUACCAGAAGAAACUCCCUUUUGAAUGCUCAAAUUGGGUAUGUUGAUAAGGCAAAAUUUAUCUCCAGUUCCCAUUCCUCCCAAAUCCCAAUGGAAGACUCCGAUGGUACCGAUAAAGAAUCAUUAUCUUCACCCGGGAGUCCACCAAUUACGCAUAAGUUGGUCCGAAAGAAAUCGGGAGAGAUUCUCAAGUCAUCAUUAAAGGAAAGUUCAGAACCUUCAUAUUUCGAUAAGAAAAAGAGAUCUCGUUCUUUACCAACUACUCCAACGUAUAAACAAGUACAUUUUGGUGGUGAUAAUGAUGUGAAAUAUUUCGAUAGACGUGAUCGUCCUUUGGCCAUUAGUGCACUGAACUCACCAACUUUGGGCCCAUCAGAUCAUAUGGCACCUGAUAUAAGUGAUGAAAGUGAUGAUGAUGAUGAUGAUGAUGAUGAUGAUGAUGCUUAUGAAGAAAGAGAUGAAGAAGGUGAUGAGUAUUUCAAGAAUUUAAGAAAGAAAUCACCAGUUUUGAGUACAACUUAUCCCAAUCCACAUCAUGAUCAUUUAAUUGAUUGGAGUUUGGAAUUAAUCAACUUUCCUCCAAUGGUUUAUGAACGGAAAAUAAAUGUAAAUUCUCCAGUCUUUUUGGAAAGAAUCUUUAUUUCUCCAGAUAAAAAAUAUUUACUAGGGCAUAUUGCAGUUAAAAACUUGAGCUUUCAAAAAUAUAUCACUGUUAGAUAUACUUUGGAUUGUUGGCAAACUAUCAUCGAAAUCCCUACAAAAUAUAAUCCAGAUGGACCUCAAGUAUUGAAGGCUCAUGAUUAUGAUCGGUUUUUAUUUACCGUUCCAUUGGAGAAUUUAUUCAAUAGUUUCAGAAUGAAUAAUAACAGUUUUGAUUCUCCAGAUGAUGUUUUAAAGCAUUCUCAAGUUAAAACUUAUCAUUUGUGUGUUAAAUAUAAUACCAAUAAUAAAGAAUAUUGGGAUAACAACGACAAGAGAAAUUAUGAAAUUAAAUUGACAAAGAUUAUCAAAUCUCAGGGGCAAUCGUACCCAGCAGGAAAAGCAGGAGCAUCUGCGUCGACAGCAGCAGCUUCUACAACGUCUCCCAAGUCCCAGUCUCGUGCACCUAAACAACAGAAUACGAAACAGAUUUCUGCUCACCAGAAGAAACCAAAGUACUCCAAUUCAUAUUUGAAGCGGAAAUCUCACUCUGACACCCAAUUGUCUUCAAUGACCAGAGACUAUCUGCCAACCCCAGCAGAGCCAACAGAAGAGUUUGUGCUUAAAACUCCUGCUGAUGUCAAGGAAGAAGAAGACAGUAAGAAGAAAUUGGCGAAGGAGUUUGGUCUCGAUUCAAAAGUCGAACAGAAAUCUGCUUCACUUAAGGAAGUGGCCGUUCCAGAUUUUUUUAAUAACGAUAAUUCAUCAUCUGAUGUCAAUGAUUUUGUUAAAAAUGAUUUCUAUCUAUCUUCUCCAAUGUUAUCAUCAUACAAUGAUAAUGCAUUGGAUUAUAAUACUGAUCCCCUUGAACCAGGAUCGUUAUCAACGUUUAAAUUGAAGUUCAAAAACCCCAAAGAUACAAACAUAGACACCAGCUCUAACAAUGGGAAUACUACUGAUGAUUAUGGUUCUCCUAAGAAAACAGAGUUUAGUCCAAUGGAAAGGAGUGACCUGGAUAAGGCUCGUUUAACCAAUCUAAAUAAUCCUAAUAGUAAGGGAAGAACUCCAUCCACAGGUGUCAACAAUUACAUUCAUAAUAGGAAACUAUACAAUACUCAGUCAUACAAAGAGUUGAUUGAUAAUUAUUGUUUCUAUGACCCCUCUAGGAACUCUGGGAUCCCUGGAGAGUUUGUUUCCCUCCCUUCUUCAGCAAAGGUUGAUUUCAAUGAGAACUUACAACCAAAGGAUAGCUCCAAGGACUCGGAUAAAACCACUACCAAGACUAUAUCCUCUAUUUUGGGGAUUAACAAAUGA